GCAUCAAAUAGGAUCUGAGCAUUUUCUGCUUCUUGUUUCUGUCUUAGCCCACUGAAAUAUCACUAGGCUGGAGGACUGGACUUAAAAGUGUCAUAUGGAAAUGCCCAUUUGAGUUCAAGAUCGAUCAAAGAGGAGGAAGAAAGAAAAAUGGACUGUAUCAACUUCAGCUUCGAAGGAGAAAAUUUAUGUGAUAUUUCGUGGGCUGCAAAAAAUUAUGCAUGCAGCUUUUGCAAGAGAGAGUUCAGGUCUGCUCAAGCUCUUGGGGGUCAUAUGAAUGUCCACAGGAGAGACAGAGCUAGGUUGAGACUCCUCCCUCCAAGCCUUUCUUCAGAAAUAUGUCCUCAUAACCCUAACCCUAGCUCUUAUUUUUCUCCCUCUUCAUCAUCAUCAUCAUCCUCUCUUUCAUCCUCUAAGGGCUUACCACACAAUUACUCAUCAUGUCACUCCUUGCUUUCUCCUUCUUUGAGGGCUUUGAUGUCUGCAACUUCAUCUACAGAUGGAAACAAGAAACCCAAAUUCAAGUACAACUCUCCUCAAAAUCAUGUUCCUAAUUUGAUUCCCAAGAAAGGCAAGAGAGGUGCUGUGGAUCAUGAGGCCGGAGAAAUAUUGAAGGGGUUUGCACAAAAAGAUCUGGAUGAUGAGUUCAACAAGGUUGAUGAUCUGAAGAAAGAGAGUAAUAUUAUUAGGCUGGACUUGGACAUGGGUUUCUUCAAAGAUCACAAGGAGGAAGUGGAUUUGGAACUUCGACUUGGGCAUCUGUAGGUGCAAAACUUCACCUACUUGUGUGGGAAUUUAUCCCAAGUUAGUUUAGAUUUGAUUUUAUGCUGCACUUUAUUUUUAAAAUGAAAUUUUAUUUUCCCCUUUCUUCUUAAUUAGCUACCCAACAAUGAAAUCAGAGAUGCUUUGAGAAGGUUAAUUUUUGUAUGGAUCUAAU